UCGUAUCUCACGCAUCCGAGAGCUGCACCCCUCUCUUUCCCAGCAGUCCAUUCCCCUUGCAUAGCCCUUUCUGGGGACGCCUAUUCUGUCAAGUUCCACGCAGCUGUCGUCGAGAUAUGCCCGUUUUUGUGGUUAGAGACACUUUCGGACGAUUCUUUGAAUAUCUCACCCAUUUCUCCACCGGAUCUCUCGCUUUUCGGGCUCCUCAUGCUAUGGUUCAACAGCAUCUUAAUGGUACCUUUUCCAUCGUCGUCGCUGCUGAACUCGUGGUCAUGUCCGGCUUUUGGUGGAUGAGGGAACUUUUAGGCAGAUUUGUGGAUAUUUCAGGAUCGGGCGCGCAGAUUCUCUCCUCUCAUUUUGCAAGGUACUUGCUUCAUUCCCUUGUGUUGUCAUGUCUCGUAUUGUGGCAUUCCGAGCACCCGUUCUUCGUCGAUGAGUCGUUGUUUCACCCCCUCCCUCAUGACCUUGGGUUCCUGUGUAGUCGAGCCACCUUUGGGUUGACUGGGGACAGUCAAGAUCUCGAGUACCCCUGGGAUGUAGGGUAUGUAAUUUCCCUACCAGGGGAAUUGCUUUGUUUUGCUUGUUUUGCUUCAUUUUCAUUCUAGAUACUU